UAACGAGUUUCUGUUAUUGGGCCGUAUUGGGAGCUACCCGUGAAGAAAUCGCUCCAGGCCGUCAAACCCGAACAGAAGAGGUCGAGCAAAGGAGCUUCGCCGACGACGUCCGCGACGAAGACCCAGGCGGCGGCGCCGCUGAUUCCUUGCGGAUUUAGUAGCAGCUGAGUCCAAUUGGAGGUCUAUAAAUGGCAGGGAGGAACCGCAUAGGUCGACAGUACUAUGAGGAACCACGAGGAUUUCGUGAUGGCCCUCCUCCUCGACUUGCACGAGAAAGGUCUAUCUCACCGCGUCGCUUCGAGGGAGAGCUUUCUAGCCGCCGUACUGAGAUGCGCAGAAUCCGUGAUGGCAACCAAAAUCUGGUGGAUGAAAUUGUUGGUCUCAGGCAAGCAAUGUCUCGGUUGAAAGAAGAUCUCAAUUCCUUGAGCCAGGCUAUACCUAAGCUCCGUGCAGAGAAAGAACUUGAAUCGAGGGAGCUAACUCAGAGGAAUCUGAAGCUGGAAGCUGAGCUACGCUCUUUAGAACCUCUUAGGCAAGAUGCCUUGCAGCUACGGUCUGAAGCAAGUACACUGCAGUCUUUGAGGCAAGAGUUGACUGCAAAGGUGCAGGGUCUAACAAAGGAGCUUGAGCAUCAGAACUCUGAAAGCCAGCGCAUACCUGCCAUGAUAGCUGAACGUGAUAGUCUGCGGCAGGAACUAAUCCAUGCUAGGGCGGCUCUUGACUAUGAGAAGAACGCAAAGCCAGAGCUGAUGGCCCGGGUGCAGGCAGUGGAGAAUGAUCUUGUAACUAUGGCUCAGGAGUCCGAGAAGCUUAGGGCUGAGCUUGAGAAGAGAAGGGCACCUAGUUUCAGCGGCCAUGGAGCUUAUGGACUACCUAUGGCAACUCCUGGGAUGGGCUUGCAAGGCAACUAUGAUGGUGGCUAUACCUACACGGAGAACCGCUAUGGUGCUGGACCAUGGGACCCCCCUGGUUAUCCACACCCAUGAGUUGGGUUUCCGAUCCUCGCCCCCCUGCAGUGUCCAUCGCUAUCAGCACUUGAAAUGCGACAAAGUUCUAUCUUAGCACUAAAACUUGCUGUGUUGGUGAUUUCAAGGCACAUUUAUAGUGUUUCUAGCUUUCCUGGCAACUUAUACCAGCUCUGCUUGUAUUGACACUUUCAGAAAGCCGUGGACACCAACUGGCUACGUUAGGAGGCAGUUUCUCACAGCGAACAAACAAGACUUAUAAUUUAAGCUUCAGAAAAUUGUAUCA